GCCCCGGUAGGGGGUCAGGCCGCCAUUUUGGGUUGUGUAGGUUUCCGGGACGUUCCGCGUGCCUCCUUGCUUCCGGGCAGUUCCGCACGUCAGGGGCCCCUGGGUCCCGCGUCCGAGCGUCAGGUUGGAGCCAGGAAGCGUCCCUGGGGGUAGCGGCGGCGGGGGCAGGAUGAGCGCGGAGGCGGCGGACCGGGAGGCGGCCACCUCCAGCCGCCCCUGCACCCCGCCGCAGACCUCCUGGUUCGAGUUCCUGCUGCAGGAGUCGCUGUUGGAGAAACACCUGCGCAAGCCCUGCCCGGAUCCUGCACCAGUUCAGCUUAUAGUCCAGUUUUUGGAACAGGCUUCCAAACCUUCAGUUAAUGAGCAGAACCAAGUUCAACCUCCGCCUGAUAACAAGAGAAAUCGUGUUUUAAAGCUACUUGCUCUUAAAGUUGCUGCACAUUUGAAAUGGGACUUAGACGUAUUAGAGAAAAGUUUGUCUGUUCCAGUAUUGAAUAUGUUGUUGAAUGAACUGCUGUGCAUCAGUAAAGUUCCUCCAGGGACAAAGCACGUAGACAUGGACCUGGCCACCUUACCUCCAACCACUGCCAUGGCCAUUCUUCUCUACAAUAGAUGGGCAAUUAGGACAAUUGUUCAAAGUAGUUUUCCUGUUAAACAGGCAAAACCUGGACCUCCUCAGUUAAGUGUUAUGAAUCAGAUGCAACAGGAGAAAGAGCUAACAGAAAAUAUUUUGAAAGUGCUAAAAGAACAAGCUUCUGAUUCUAUCCUGGUACUAGAGGCAGCCCUUAAGUUAAACAAGGAUCUUUAUGUCCACACAAUGAGAACAUUAGACUUACUGGCUGUGGAGCCAGGCAUGGUCAAUGGAGAAACUGAGAGUUCCACUGCUGGAUUGAAAAUCAAAACCGAGGAGAUGCAGUGCCAGGUGUGUUAUGAUUUGGGUGCAGCAUACUUCCAGCAAGGCUCUACAAAUCCAGGUGUCUAUGAAAAUGCCAGAGAAAAAUUUUUUAGAACCAAAGAACUAAUUGCAGAGAUAGGUUCAUUAUCUCUUCAUUGUACCAUAGAUGAGAAGCGGUUAGCUGGCUAUUGCCAAGCAUGUGAUGUUCUCGUACCUUCCUCUGAUAGUACAACUCAACAAUUGACUCCAUAUAGUCAGGUCCAUAUUUGUUUGAGAUCUGGCAACUAUCAGGAGGUAAUAAAGAUCUUUGUUGAAGACAACUUAACCUUCAGUUUACCUGUCCAGUUCCGGCAGUCGGUCCUAAGGGAACUCUUUCAGAAAGCUCAACAGGGAAAUGAAGCCCUGGAUGAAAUCUGUUUUAAAGUCUGUGCCUGUAACACAGUCCGUGAUGUAUUAGAAGGUAGAACGAUUAGUGUUCAAUUUAACCAGCUAUUUCUUAGACCCAAUAAAGAGAAAAUAGACUUUCUUCUUGAGGUUUGUUCAAGAUCAAUAAAUUUAGAAAAAGCUUCAGAACCUUUGAAAGGAAACAUGGCUGCUUUUUUGAAGAAUGUGUGUCUGGGGUUGGAAGACCUGCAGUACGUGUUCAUGAUCUCUUCGCACGAGCUCUCCAUCACGUUGCUGAAAGACGAAGAGCGGCAGCUGCUUGUCGACCAGAUGAGGAAGCGGUCCCCCAGAGUCAACCUGUGCAUCAAACCCGUAACUUCAUUUUACGACAUCCCAGCCUCAGCAAGUGUCAACAUUGGCCAGUUGGAACAUCAACUGAUACUGUCAGUGGAUCCAUGGAGGAUUCGACAGAUUUUAAUUGAAUUACAUGGUAUGACUUCAGAGCGUGAAUUCUGGACAGUGUCUAAUAAGUGGGAAUUACCUCUUGUCUAUAGUAGUGUCAUCCUGGGAAUUAAAGACAAUUUAACAAGAGAUUUGGUUUACAUUCUAAUGGCCAAAGGUCUGCACUGCAGUACUGUUAAGGACUUUUCCCAUGCUAAACAGCUGUUUGCUGCUUGUUUGGAGUUGGUUACAGAAUUCUCACCAAAACUUCGUCAGGUCAUGCUGAAUGAGAUGCUGCUUUUGGAUAUUUAUACGCAUGAAGCUGGAACAGGGCAGUCAGGAGAGAGACCUCCUUCUGAUCUUAUUAGUAGGGUGCGAGGAUAUCUGGAAAUGAGGCUUCCUGAUAUUCCUUUUCGCCAAGUUAUUUCUGAGGAGUGUGUGGCUUUUAUGUUAAACUGGAGGGAAAAUGAAUACCUUACUCUGCAAGUUCCUGCAUUUCUACUUCAGAGUAAUCCAUUUGUGAAGCUUGGACAGCUUUUAGCAGCUACAUGCAAAGAACUUCCAGGCCCUAAAGAAAGUAGACGGACUGCUAAAGACCUUUGGGAAGUUGUGGUUCAGAUCUGUAGUGUGUCCAGUCAGCACAAACGAGGAAAUGAUGGCAGAGUUAGUUUAAUAAAGCAGAGGGAAUCUACAUUAGGCAUAAUGUAUCGGAGUGAACUUCUUUCUUUCCUCAAAAGAUUAAGGGAACCAUUGGUUUUGACUAUUAUUUUGUCACUCUUUGUGAAACUUCAUAACGUUCGGGAGGACAUUGUGAAUGAUAUUACAGCUGAACAUAUUUCUAUCUGGCCAUCCUCCAUCCCCAACCUCCAGUCAGUGGAUUUUGAAGCUGUAGCGAUCACAGUGAAAGAGCUAGUUCGGUAUGCCCUUAGUAUAAACCCAAACAACCACUCCUGGUUAAUUAUUCAGGCAGACAUUUAUUUUGCAACAAAUCAGUAUUCGGCAGCUCUUCACUAUUACCUCCAGGCAGGAGCUGUGUGCUCUGAUUUCUUUAACAAGGCUGUGCCCCCGGAUGUUUAUACAGACCAGGUAAUAAAACGAAUGAUAAAGUGCUGUUCUUUGCUGAAUUGCCACACACAGGUGGCAAUUUUAUGUCAGUUCCUCAGAGAGAUUGACUACAAAACAGCCUUUAAAUCACUGCAGGAACAAAACAGUCAUGAUGCAAUGGACUCCUACUAUGACUAUAUAUGGGAUGUUACCAUUUUGGAAUAUUUGACUUAUCUUCAUCAUAAAAGAGGAGAAACAGAUAAAAGACAAAUUGCAUAACUUCCUUGUGUUUGAAGUAGACAAGAAAAAAAGACUGACCAGUUCCUGUCCUGGUGAAAGUUAUAGUCUUGGGAGUUACGGCCCUGUGAGUGCCAGCUUCAAAUUCCUGUUUCAGAUACCUGCUUUCCACCUUUGAAAUAAUUGCCAACUGUACUCAGUAUAAGUUUAUGCUACCCCUUUAUGAAGAUAAAUUUUUAUGCUUUUGAUUCUAUCCCUUCAGUCAUUCUAUCCCUUUGAGUUGGUUAUCUCCUCUCUUAUAUUGUCAGGCACUCCCAUUAAACCUAAAAACUAUUUCAUCCUUAAUAAAAACUUAUCUUGACUGUGCCUCUACCUCUUUCUGUCCCCUCUGCCUAGUUUUUUGGGCGCUUUUACCCAGUACAGUUUGAUUUCUCCUGUCCCUCACUGUUUUCAGUCUUUAUUGUUUACAUCUCCUUCCUUCUUUGAAAUUAUUCCUUUGGCUUCCUUGACAUCAUUUAUACUCAGUUCUUCUCCCUGACUCUUCUGCCUUCUCUUCUUUGUGAAUAUUUCCACAUCUACCCCGAACCUUGGUUUUUGUCAAGAAGUUAGUCCUUGGGUAUUUCAGGAUUGCCCUUCAUUCUCCCUAGGUAACCUCAUCCACUUACGGUUUUGACCACUGCCCACUUAGGGUGUGUUAUUUCUCUCAAAUAUCUACCUCCUAUUCCAAUUUCUGUCUUCUUAAAAUUUUUAUUGGGAUAUAAUUGCUUUACAGUGUUCUGUUAGUUUUUGCCAUACAGCAGAGUCAAUCAGUUAUAUAC